AUGGCUGCCAAGUAUCAAAUCGUUCUCAUCCGCCACGGCGAGAGUCAGUGGAAUGUGGACAAUCGCUUCACGGGCUGGCACGACGUGCAGCUGUCUGCCAAGGGCGAACAGGAGUCGCACGAUGCCGGCAAAGUGCUGAAGGAGGCAGGAUUUAAGUUCGAUCUGGCCUACACGUCGGUGCUCAAGCGUGCCAUUAAGACGCUGUGGAACAUCCUGGAGGAGACGGACCUCAUGUGGAUCCCCGUUACCCGCUCGUGGCGCCUUAACGAGCGUCACUACGGUGCGCUCACGGGCCUCAACAAGCAGGAGACUGUGGACAAGCACGGCAUUGAGAAGGUGAUGAUCUGGCGUCGUAGUUACGCCACACCUCCCCCUUCGCUCGAGGCUGAUAGCGAGUUUUACCCGGGCAACGAUGCGAAGUACGCGGAUGUGCCUAAGGAGCUUCUUCCCUUCGCUGAGUCGCUUGCCACUACCGGUGAGCGUGUGUUGCCCUACUGGGAACAGACCAUCAUUCCUUCUAUCAAGGAAGGCAAAAAGAUUGUGAUUGCCGCUCACGGCAACUCGCUCCGUGCGCUGGUUAAGCACCUGGACAACAUCCCGGAGGACACGAUCACGGGUCUUAACAUCCCCACGGGAGUUCCUCUUGUGUACGACCUGGACGAGAACUUCAAGCCCAUCCCGCACAAGGACGCCAUUGGUCUUCUGUCGGGCUACUACGUCGGGAACCAGGAGGAGAUUAAGGCGCGUAUUGCUGGUGUUGCCAACCAGACCAAGGCCAAGUAA